UUCACAUUCACAUUCGCAUGCUCUAGUCUCCUGACACUGUUCACAUUCACUUCAGAGUGAUGCUCAAUCCUUCAGGUAGGCCAGUCUUCAACACUUGCAUGUGAAAGAUAAUUAUUUCACGCUCUCUCCUGCUCAACUCCUCCGGCUUUGACUCAUCAACUGCGUCUUUGCUCGCGAAAUCAACUUCCUCGUUGCCUGAUUCCGAAUGGACACUCGAUCACAUCGAUCAAUUUUGUUCAAACUGCCCAUAACUCAGCCCCACUUCACCAAUCCUUAUAUCCAUUCAAGACGACCAUGGGCGGCAAUGCUUUCCCGGACCUCGUCGUUCCUCGCAUGAAACCACAGGACUAUCAAAGAGUCAAACAGUUCGCACUUGAAAAUCUAUCCAAGCGCCAUCCUGAUGCGACUAACAUGCCGGAGGCUCCUGGGAAACUGGACUAUGGCGACGUGGAUCUGAUCAUCGAAUUGCCAUCACCCACACUGUUCCUGUACAAGGAAGUGGCUCUCGGUUUUGGUACUGAACAUAUAAAACCAAAUCACCCCACUUACUCCUUUGCUGUUCCACUCCGAGACAAGCAUGAUGGGCUGCAGGCUUUUGCGCAAGUCGACGUGCAAGUUUGUCCUCCAGGCUAUCGCUCAUGGACCGUUUUUCUACACGGCUAUGGAGAUCUCGGUUCGAUACUCGGCGUAUUCAACUACGGCUUCGGAUUCACAUCGAGAAACGACGGUUUCUAUGUCCGUAUCAAAGAGCAGGAAACCCAGAAUUGGUCCGCCAGUCAGGUCUUCUUGAACAACGAUCCAGAUCUGGUCAUGAAGUUCCUGGGCCUCGACAAGCACAAGUACGCGCAAGGGUUCAAGACCGAGAAAGAAGUUUUUGACUGGACCGUAGCCUCUAGGCUGUUCAAUCGAGGGCUAGUCGAGAAGAGAGGGAAUCAAUCUGAGAUGCGAACCCGCAUGGAGAAACGGCCUAUGUUUCGUCGCUUCAUCUCCGAAUACCUACCAAAUCUGCCAGACAACGAAGCCAACCUCGAAGAGACUAGAGAUACCCACACCCGUGCAGCUCUUGCGUUCUUUGGCAAGCAAGAUGAAUUCAAUACUCGUCGCGCGAAAGUGCUAGUGGAAAAUGCCGAAAAACACGCAUGGUACGUCAUCAAAACCACAGUCCUCACCCCUUUUGCAAAGUUGGAGUCGAAACGCCUGAAUGAGGUCGUGAGGGCGCUGAAGAGGUUCGUCGCAUUCUCUGACGGCAAGCCCUACAUUCAUGACGUGCCGGCAAUGGAUACAGAAAGUCAAGCUCGAUUUGCACCGUUCGUCAACGAUGCUGACGAAAUCGACUCGGAAGUGCGCGACUGGAUCGUGGGCAACUGGGAAGAAGUCAAAGCUCGUGAGAGACAGAGGGUCAAAGGUAGCAGAAGACUCGCGGUUCAGCAAGGUUAACCCUUCCACAUCAGAAGGUAUUCGCACUACGAUAUAGUCUGUGGCCUGACGGUUAUUGACUCGAGGUUGAAGAUCGACAGGGACAACAAUAGUUCAGUAUCCCUGCAUUUUCGGAAGAUGCUCACGGAUGAACAUGCAAAAUAUUCCUCGACAUAACAGAUACCGAACCCGUGGCCGGGGAAGCGAACGGGUCCGUUUACCGUAGCUUGUCUCCACAUCUUGAACAAGAAAGCAUGGGGCCAAGGGCUUGUGAACAUUUGGCAGAUAUAGAAGCUAUCUUAACCACGUCGCUGUCAAUUUACUUCAGUCGCAC